AUGCACUUUGCUAAUGGUGUUAGAAAAGACAAAGAGGGCGAGGCCGAGGAGAGACGCAUCUCUCUGUCCUCUCUCAUCACCGGGAUCGUUUUCACUCUGCAGGAUGUUUCCUCCGCGAUGCUCCAGCUGCUCUCCUCCACCAACCCCAAACCUAAUCAGGACCACACUGAUGCUGCGUUCAGUGAUGGUGUGCGACAGGCAGAGAAACCCCAGUUUACGGGGAGUAUGGCGGCUCUGAGGGGCGGCGGCUGGCAGGAACUGGACAAAGGAGCACAAGAUGUUUCAUUUAAAGAAAGACAGGAAAUGAUGUGGUUUAUGUCCCUCAGGUUCUUCCGGGGUGACUAUACGGUGGAGGUGGCCAUCAACGACUACCUGGACAUCUACUGCCCUCACUACGAGGGGGUGGAGUCAGCCGAGCGCAUGGAGCAUUACAUCCUGUACAUGGUGAACUACGACGGGUACACCACCUGCGACCACCACAGGAAGGGCUUCAAACGCUGGGAGUGCAACCGGCCGCAGAGCCCCAACGGACCGCUCAAGUUCUCCGAGAAGUUCCAGCUGUUCACCCCCUUCAGCCUGGGCUUCGAGUUCAGGCCAGGACACGAGUACUACUACAUCUCGUCCCCACAUCCAAACCUGGCUGGGAAACCCUGUCUGAAGCUCAAAAUCUACGUCAAACCAACCAAUGACUCUGUGUACGAGUCUCCGGAGCCCUUCCUGACGGACGACACCACUGGCGGCUGCAGCCUCACUCAGCCAUCGACCUUACUGUUCACCGUCCUGCUCGUCCUGCUCCUCGCCUCUUCAUAGCACCACCUCCGCUUCCGUUGCUCUGAGGAAAGCAUCCAGCUCCCUCUCACUGGCCGCCGAACUUCACCUGGACCGCAAUCAAAGAAGUCGGGGAUCAGCAACAGGCAGAACUUUGGAGCUUUUUUCAAAAGGAAAAAGGCCAAUAAAACUGUACUACAGAUCCAUGAGUUGAGACUCCACUGACUCCCAUGAUAAGUUUCCAACGUGGAAGCACUGGAUAAUCUGAAAUUAUACAUUUUACUGAGGAUGAUUUACUGGAUAUCUGCAACACAUUUUAUUCAAUUCUAAACAGAUGCCAAAACGUAAGAAUAGACAAUGUUCUGCAAACCAUUUCACUGAAGACCAUACCAAUAGUUAGGAUUCAUUAAACAUUGGUUUUGUUUCACAGAACUAUGGUAAUUCCUAUAGCAUUUGUGUACUUUGCAGUCAUAAAAUCUCAGUAUAAGUCUUUAAUGUUCCCAUGACAAGGAGUAGUAAUCUCAUACUAUUGUUUCAUAAAGAAAAUGGGGAAAAAACUUUUGCUAGUCACAAACAUGUAACCUUGUGUAAAAUAUUUAUUCAAACUUUACUGUCCACUUUUGCAUCCAUGUUAAAGUCAAAGAGGAAUACAUAUAUUCCAAUGGGAAUACCAAUAAUAUCCAAAAGGUAUUACAAAAACUUUGUAUGGAAAUAAGUAGCUAAUAAACUGUUAUCCUAAUCAAGCUGAUCACUGUUUUAAAGAUAUAGUAAAACAAAGUAACAAACUAACCCUAACCCUUAGAGAUUAAGUGAAAGUCAUGUGCAAUGUGGAUGUGCAUGCACACCUAUAAUAAUCUUUUAAGCCGUUUGACUGGAAAUAAAAGUGGCUAAAUUAGCUUUUUCACCCAUAAAAAGAUAUUCCCAUUAUAUGACAUGUUCUGAAUAAAUUCUCAAGAGAAACAACAAGCUUGAAAUGUUGCACUGUUGGCUGGUGCUUAUGAGAAGAGUAGAGCAAUAAAUAAAUAGCCUCUUCAGGAACUGGGGAGCUAUAUGAUAGCUAGCCCAGCCUAUACAUCUCACCACUAGAAAACUAGAAAUUAGCUAAAUGUUAGCAAAUUCAACAGCUCUGUCUCAUGCUGCAAAUAGACAGGAUUUAUACCUACAUCAUCAUAAACGGAACAAAUUAGCCACUUCACCCCACUAAGAAAUGAGACAUUAGCCAGGUGUUAGCUUCUCUGAUAGCUUACACCAGCUCCAUUUCACCACAGCAAACAAAAUAGCUUAACUUUCUCACCCUGCAGAUAUUCAAGAAUGGUUCCUGUGCUAUCCAACAUAGAACAAAUGAGCCAUUUCACCUAAACAACUCCCCGCUUUAAAAUGAGAUACCGUACUAGCCAGGCCUUAGCAAAUGCUCAGAGCUAGCCUCACCUGAUGGCUUGCACUAGCUUGUAUUUCAGUGGAUAAAACAAAAUAUCAUGCUGUUUGGUAACUUUAGUUAAUAAGCUUUGCAACUGCCAAGUGAAAAACAAAUAUUAAACUGACAUCAGCACUAGAAGAUUGUGUACCACUUUACAGAACUGUGGCCCAAAGACAACUCAGUUUUCUGACAUUCUCCAACCAUGUCGCAUCUUAUGGUUAUUAAAAAAAGGGUUUGAUAUGACUUACUGGUAAUAAGCGGGACUUUUUGGAAAUAUGCUGGAUUUCACAGUCAAAUACCUAGUUGUGACGAAUGGAAGAAACAUCAUGUCAAUGUUAAAUUAAUAUUAAUUUGCAGACUUUGUACAGCUUGAAUCAUUUUCAGUAAUCAUGCUUUGAUUUGCAACAGCGAUUAGGAAAAGUUGGUUGCCGGAAGUUAAAUUCAACUAUUCUAGAGUUGACAUGGUUUGGAGUUUAAGUGUCCCAUUCACUUAAAACUUUUUUAAAAAUAUAUGGAGAAAAAAAACUGGUGUGGUCUUCCAGAGAUUGACUUUGAGAUGAUUUACUGAUUAAAUAAGGAUUAAAUCUAACAAGACAGUCAGACUAAUCAGUUAAGGGACAACCUUUGUCUAAAAGCUAAGAUUUAAAUCAAAGCUUACCUGUGGAUAUUUGUUUUAUAUGGUGGUCAGUGGAGUCCAGCGUCAUCCUGUGGGGUAGAAACGCAUCAGAUGAAUAAAACAUCAUCAACUCAUCACAUCUCUGGCCAGAACAAUGAUCUGGUCUGCAUCAACUGACAAACUCUCAAAAGGAUCCUACCAGCCCAGGAGCAUCCCCUUUCAAGAAGUGAUUAUUACAGUCCCACAUGAGCUGCAGGCAUGACUUAAGGUGGAAGUUGAGGUUGCUAAUUUGUCAAAGAAUUAGUCAGCACCUCAAGAUCACUGUUGAAGUCUGGGUUAGAACUUUAUUCAAAAAUAAACAAUUACUUGAAAUGAUUCCGCAAACCUCUGAAACUUAAACCUAUCAGAAGGUUUGGAGGAGACACAAACGUAAAAUAACAAUUUAUCCAAACUUGAGACUUUGGUUUUUCCAAAUUUUCCAGUUGUUCAUGAAUGAGUCAUGCAUGACAGAAGGUUUAGUUCCAAUUUGAAAUAUUUGCUCUUAUCCUAUGUUUAAAUAUCAGUGAAAAAUUACCUCCCACCUCUGAUUAUAACAGAUUUUAAAAACUUAAAGUGAGGCUCUGGAUGUUGUGGCUCAUUCGUGGCUAAAUAUCAUCAAGCAUAACAAUAUCUUAAAGAUGCAGCAAACUUCCCAGUCGAUGGCCUUUUCUUUCUCUUAAUCUGCCAAAGACUCUUGUAAAACUUUUCUAUUGGAUGCUUCUUCCGAGAGGGCAGGGUUUAUUAACCCCACGCCCUUGAUUAAAGGGGCGGGGUAUAAUAAGGGGAGGAGCCUGGCUUUUUAUUUUCUAAAUUUUAAAGUAGAAAAACAAAACCGAAUGUCUGAACACAGCAAAUCAAAAAUGGCCUUUUUCUCCCACUGGUGCUGAAUUUUUACAGACUGACCAACAGCAACACCGGUGGUCGAGGCGAAGCUUUUCAUCAAAGCUGCACACUUUCUUUUUGUUGUCAUUACGCCUCUCCAUCUUGGCUGAUGGAGGGGGUGUGUCCUUGUCAAUGGACGAGCAGGGGCAUGCUGGGAAAUGCAGUAUAUACAGCAGUAUAAAGGCACUGUGACGGAGGACGGACGAGCGACGCUGCACGACUCCUGUGGAGAACGACAGAAACAAACUGCCGUCAGCGUUUCCACGUCGGUGCGAAUAAAGUCUUCUUUUCUUAUUCGGUUUGUGCCAUUUUGUUUUCACCCCCACCCCUCCAGGAGGAAGUUCAUAUGAAAUAUGAAGUCUGAUGAUUGUUGUUGUUGUUGUUGUUGUUGUUGCUGUAGUUGUUGUUUUCUUUGUUUUUGUUCAUGCUUGCAUCACAAUGCAUUCUGGUCCCUGUAGUCCUGUGCAUUCUGGUUCUGUUGGAAAGUAACGGUACUUUUCUGAGUUUAAUCUGUUUGGAUGGAAUACGUUUUUGUGACAUUUAGAAAUGUGAAGGAGGAAGGAAACACUCAGUGUACCCCCCGCCCUCAAGAGGAAAAUGUUUUUCUACAUUCUCCAAGCGUCUGCAUAAUCUAUUCUUUCAAAGACUAAAAACAAUUUAAAAAAUCUGUUUUUGUAUAUUUUCUUAUUGGAUGCUUAUAAAGUCCUGUUGUAAAGAAUGCAUAUAUCUGAUUGGCUGAAGAACUGAUGAGGGGUCAGAGGGGCCUCUUUUCUUUGCCUGCGCUGCAUGAGCAGGAAAAACAAAACCUAAAAAUAUAUUUAGUGAAUUUACUAUGAAGAUUUCUGGGAGAAAGUGUUAAGAUAUGAAUCUGUGUUUGAUAAGUUCACCAUCAAUAAAAGGAAAACUGAAGA